AUGAGGACCGAACUUCUUUCCCUCUUCUUGUCCGUGUUUGUAUUGUAUUGUUUCCUGCGGCCCGGAAACAAUCAAGACGUAGCGGAAGGCCGACGGCUUCGAUUGACCAGGUCUGAAUCAAGUGAUUGUCAGCAGCAUGACAGACAGACUACCUUUGAACUUCCACACUCCAUUAUCACCAAGACGCUUUACGCAGCAGAAAUAUCCGCAAUGACCUACUCCACAAGGCUGUUCCAAACUCCAGAAAAGGGAGAUUUUGACUUUAUGGAGCAAUUUUUUGAUCUUGACGAUGUCGCGUUGGUAGCCAGACGGGACGGUGUGUGCUAUGCUGCCUUUAGGGGAACUGUAGCCACCAAUCUGCUUGACAUAUACCAAAUCUUUGACGACAAACCAAAGAGUGUGAAUGGUUGCUUGGUCCGUCGGGGCUAUCAUCGUGCCUACUUUGCUCUAUACUAUAAUAGGUUCAUGGCCAAGGUAGAAGACUGUAUGAAUACAGGUGGAACAGAACUAGUGGUAACAGGCCACAGCCAGGGUGGAAGCAAUGCCAUGAUUGCCUUUUUGGAUUUGCAACGUUUCAAUCCAACUGCCAUUACCUUUGGAGCCAUGCGGGCCUUGGUGGAACCCUGUGAUACCGUGGACAGCAGCAAGAUUUAUCGAUACACCAAUGUGGGCUACAAUCUCUACGAUGGGUGGUCUAAUUGUUUGGAAAUCAAAGGUGUUCACAUGGGACAUUCCAUCAUGCUAGACGCCAAUUCUACUAGUCCUGCCGUAUACUUGGGCCUCGAUGAAGAUAUCAAUCGAAGUCCUAUUACAAGAGAUGUGCAUUCUGGGUGGAUCUAUUGGGAUGCCUUGGAGGCGAUGCUGGAGAAGGCCAAGUUGGAACGAGACUUAGACGCGUGCACAUCAAGAUCUCCUGAUGCCCCCUUGACCGUGAAGCUGCGUGGAUGGGAAGAUGGACACUGGUGCUCUCGACCGGAUGAGUGUCAAACUGGAUCGACAUGUGUAGAGGGAGAAUGUGUGGCAAUCGAGGGGAACUAA